UGGUGAGUAGGCAUAGUGUGAAGCGUGUGUAGUAUUGCUGAAUUUGCUGAAGGAGAUUAAGGAAUCGAAAUAGAAGGAACAGAUGUAUCUUUGGACACAGCUGCUGCAACUGGAAUGAUAUUCCUACUGCUUCAGAGAAUGACAACGAUAAUCUGUAAUUGAAAUAGUGCAUACUUUGAAUUUUCAAGCAUGUCAUCAGGCCGUGUCCUUUGCUGUCUUGGCAGAUGGCAUAAACACUUUAUAGCUGAAGUGUUUUCUAUACCUAAUAGGUACAAACAACAUACAAACUACAUGUUAUCAACUAGAAAUUUUUCAUUAUCCACAUCUUCAACAACACAUCUUUUUAGCAUGCUACAUAGAGAAGACAACAACAAUAAUAAAACUUUUAAAACUGAGAAGAGUAAUAAUUGUAAAAAUAACCAAGAAGGAAUGUGUUUUAGCCAACCACAGAGUACACAAAUUAGUACCAAAAGACGUUUAGAGACAGGGAUUGAUUUCUCACAGAAUGAUCCAAAUACAUUUGGAAACCUUCGGUGUACCAAAGAAACACCACUUGAAGCCAUUGAAGGCGAUGAGGGAGAUAGAGAAGAAGAAAUGUAUUUAGAGUAUGUUCCUACAAGAUCACAACAACUCAGCAAUAAGCAGUAUGCAGCUAUGAUAAAAGACUUCAUCAGCAACAAAAAGCUGGCAGAUGCUAUUGAUAUUUUAGAAACACGAAUGCUUAAAGAUGAUCGUGUGAAACCAGAACAUUACAUCUACAAUCUGAUCAUUGGAGAGUGUGGUCGCUUAGGUUAUACGAAGAAGGCAUUUCAGUUGUAUAACCAGAUGAAAAAACGAGCCCUCAAAGUAACUGCUUCCAUCUACACUGGAUUAUUUAAUGCAUGUGCUAAUAGUCCAUGGUCUGAUGAUGGUCUUAAACGUGCACACCAUUUGCGAAUGCUGAUGUUUGAAAAGGGUUAUGAACCAAAUGUUUCUAAUUACCAUGCCAUGAUUAAAGCAUUUGGAAGAUGUGGAGAUCUGUCAACUGCAUUCACUUUAGUAGAUGAAAUGACAGAGAAGAAGGUUGCUAUUUCAGAUGAGACAUUCAAUUUCCUGCUGCAGGCUUGUAUUACAGACAAAGAUGCAGGCUUCAGACAUGCUUUAUUGGUGUGGAGAAAAAUGUUACAAAAAAAAGUGAAGCCAAACAUAUUCACAUACAAUCUCUUGCUUCGAUCCAUCAGGGACUGUGGGCUUGGAGAUAUUGAUGUUGCCCAGGAUGUGUUUCAUAGAAUCACUGGGGAAUACAAGAUACAUGAAUGCAAGGUUUUCAAGGCAAGACCUUUGCUGUCUGCAGGAAAUGAGGAUUUAGUGCCGCAGUCACGGUAUUCAGCAUGGGAAAAUAUAACAGAAGAGGUUUCAUUACACGAAGUUACCACACAUGUUGAGGAUCGUCCAAAUCUCUUAGCAGUUCGACCUCACUUUGGGAAUAUUAUUGCACUCUCAGAAGUUAAAAAGCCUGAGGAUAGAUUAAUUCUUGUGGGUGGCUGUUCUGGAUUACUUGAACAAAUGAAUAAAUAUGGAGUGAAACCUGACAUCAGAACCUUCACCCAGCUUCUGGACACCAUUCCAUCUACUAAGUCAGCAGAACAGGCCCUGCUGUUGGCCAUGGAGAAAGCCGAUGUUCGUCCGGACAUAGAUUUUUAUAACAUGUUAAUAAAGAAACGGAGCAUGAGGUUUGACUAUAAGAAUGCACAUGACGUUCUGAAGCUGAUUAAAAGUUCCAAUCUUUACCCUGACAUUGUCACAUUUGGAGUUUUGGCUCUGGGUUGCCAAACUAAACAAGAAGCUCAGUGUUUGCUGACAGAUAUGAGAGAUGCAGGAUUCAGGAUGAAUGCAGAAAUUCUGGGUGCCAUGCUGAAGCAGGGCUGUUGUCAUUUUAAUUUUGAAUACAUAUUAACGAUAAUGGAGACAGCAUUGCAAGAGGAGGUGCGCCCAAAUGAAAAGUUCCUGGAACAUUUGGAAAACUUCCUUAAAGAAUGUCAGAAGAAGAUAAGAAAUAAGGGUACUGAACUGCCACAAAUUCACAAAACUGCUGGGAGAAAUUACUUUCAGAAAAGUUUUCAAAAGUUCUGUAGUCGAUACACCUCGUGGUUGGAAGAAAUCAUUCCUGAGAAACUGGGACAUCCUUGGGAACAAUUUCAGAAGAAUUACAGCCAGAUAAGAGCACUGAAAAGGAGACAAAUGGACCCAGAGAUGAAGCAAAAUGAGAAAUAAAUGAUCUUAGUUCUUUGUGUUUGCAAAAUUUGUGUAAUGUUUGAAAACUGAUGUGCUGUUAUGGUGGUAUCAUGCUGUCCAUGAAGUGUUGUGCAAGUAAACAGUUUAAAGAAAAUACCUGUUAAAUGGUGAAAAACAUUGCAAACAAAUAAAAGAAAGAACUGAAA